AUGUCCGCUGUUCAGCUCAAGUUCAACCUCCGCACUUCCUCCAACGUCAAGACCGUUCACCUGGUCGGUUCAUGGGACAACUACUCUCGUCAGAUUCCCCUCUCUAGGGAGUCUUCAAAGCCUGGCGCAUGGGUUGGCAAGUUCCGUUUCCAGACUUCCAUGCUCAAGUUGGGUGGUCGUUACUGGUACUACUAUAUCAUGGAUGGAUACCACGUUUCUCAUGACCCUGCUGUCGACUACACUGUCGAACCCACCACUGGCCGCAAGCUCAACAUCCUCGACGUCCCCGGUGGCAAGGCCCCCGCUCCCGCCCCCAGGACUCGACGCACCUCCGACGACGUCGCCAAGGGUCGUGCCCUCUCCCCGUCCAAGAUCCACCACCCCAAACCCUCCAAGCCCUAUGCCUCGCGCCAGAUCCGCGAAGUCGACUUCGCCCCAACCAUGGACGAUCUCACCAGACGCUUUGCUGGCUCCCGCAUGUCCGAUGAGUACUCCUACUCCAACAGCCCGCCCAGCUCCGUCGGUUCGUCCCUGUCGUCUCGCUCCUCCGGCAGCACCUCGCCCUCUUCGCUGUCUUCCAUGAGUGACCCACCCAUGUCUGACUGCCGCUGCGAGCGCUACGGAAUCACUCGCAAGGGCGAUCGCGUCAAGCUCGACUGUGGUGGUAGCCGCUGUGGAUACGUCACCGAGUCCUCCGAGGCUAGCUGCUCCGAAGACUCGGACAGCGAUGAGGAGUACCGCCAGGCCCGCAGUGCCGUCCGUCGCCAGGGUAUCGUUGUGCGCAGAUAA